UGACAGAACCAGGAAGGCUCUGGCGGCGACGCGCACGCACAGGCACGCACGUUGGAGAGUGGCCGGCCGGCAGGCUCGCGCCCGGACUCUCCCUGCGCCGCGCUAGAGGCUCGCGCACUCAGCAGGUUGGGCUGCGGCGGCGGCGGCAGCUGUGCUAACCCGGGCGCUUGCGUGUGCGAGGUCCUAGACCCGUCUGCGGCGCGGGCACCGCCACCCCCAGCUUUCACCUCAGCCUCCGCGCCACAUUCUAAGGGAAGGAACGGCGCUAACCGAGGGAAGCCCGAGCGCACCGCAGGCUGCCUCCGAUACCGCCCUUCUUCCCUUCGCAGCCUCGGGCCUCGCUUGGCGCUCAGCGACUCUGCGGGGAGGCGGCGGCGGCGGCGGCUGUCGGCCGAGACUCGCGUUCGCGUCAGCCUUGCUCCUCUGCCCGAGCCCGGCCAGGGGCCGCGAGAAGUCGGCGGCCGCGCUUCUGCUCCCCCUCUUUCGCCAGCCGGUUGGAGCAGCGGCGGUACGGGAGCGGUCUCUGGGCUGAGGCGGCUGCUCCUCCGGCUACAUCAUGUCCGCGGGCGGAGACUUCGGGAACCCGCUGAGGAAAUUCAAGCUGGUGUUCCUGGGGGAACAGAGCGUUGGAAAGACAUCUUUGAUCACCAGAUUCAUGUAUGACAGUUUUGACAACACCUAUCAGGCAACAAUCGGCAUUGACUUCUUAUCAAAGACAAUGUACUUAGAGGAUCGAACAGUACGAUUGCAAUUAUGGGACACAGCAGGUCAAGAGCGGUUCAGGAGCUUGAUUCCUAGCUACAUUCGUGACUCCACUGUGGCAGUUGUUGUUUAUGAUAUCACAAAUGUAAACUCAUUCCAGCAAACUACAAAAUGGAUCGAUGAUGUCAGAACAGAAAGAGGAAGUGAUGUUAUCAUCAUGUUAGUAGGAAAUAAAACAGAUCUUGCUGAUAAGAGGCAAGUAUCAAUUGAGGAGGGAGAGAGGAAAGCCAAAGAGCUGAAUGUUAUGUUUAUUGAAACCAGUGCAAAAGCAGGAUACAAUGUAAAGCAGCUUUUCCGACGUGUUGCAGCAGCUUUACCUGGAAUGGAAAGCACACAGGAUCGAAGCAGAGAAGACAUGAUUGACAUAAAACUGGAAAAGCCUCAAGAGCAACCAAUCAAUGAAGGAGGCUGUUCCUGUUAAUCCCCCUGGUAUCUUUAUCCCUUCUCCAGAAGCUCACUGCUUUGGCCCCCGUACUCUUUCAUUGACUGCAGUGUGAAUAUUGGCUUGAACCUUUUCCCUUCAGUAAUAACGUAUUGCAAUUCAUCAUUGCUGCCUGUCUCGUGGAGAUGAUCUAUUAGCUUCACAAGCACAAAAAAGUCAGUGUCAUUAUUUAUAUUUUUUAAAAAGCCAAACAAUUCCAGCAUAUUCCAGUGAUAACUUUGAAGAUUAGAUACAUAUUCUUAACAUUUUUUCCUUUUUUUAAUGUUACGAUAAUGUACUUUAAAAUGGUGAAAAUCUCAGCAGUAUGAGUGUGGCUUGCUUAAGGAACAAUGUGUUCAUAGCAGCAUAUGCCUACCUUCUUGCUACCUUCCAGCUUUCCUCACUUCUUCCUUCUCCCCUCCCCUGUUCAUACCCUCCCACAAAACAAACAAGAGGUAGCAAACAGCAGUCCAGCCAAGCUUGUUGGAAUUAUCCAUAGAUUCUACAGAUACCAUUUGCUCCAGACCAUGAGCCAAAAUGUCCAAAUUUUUUGGGGGGUGGGGGGGCGGGGCGGGGUCCUUUCUGAGACAGGGUCUCCCUAUAGCCCCAACUGACUUGGCACUUGCUAUGUAAACCAGGCUAGUCUCAAUCUCACAGAGAUCCACCUGGCUCUAAAAUCUUUCUUGAGCACUGAUAUGAAUUACUUAGACCUUCUCUGAGGUCAGAACUCAACUAUUGCUAUCAUGGUGGGCAGUGCUUGAAUGAGGAAAGGGUUCUGUUUAUCUUCCAAAUGACUCCUGAUGAACUUACUGAGUACUUAAAAGUAAAGGAACGAAAUACAUUUCUGAUGAAAACAGAUGACCCUUUCACAUGAGCUUUAUUAGACUCUGAGAGAGAAAAAUAACCAAGUGCUUUAGAACUGGUUUUAGUAUUUAUUUCUUCAUGGUGAAGUCUUCAUAGUUCUAAUGAACAGUAUCUCCCCAGAUUUUUAAAUUGUCAAAAUAUUUUUUGUUUUAAAUCAAUAACACCUUUUAAGCAAUAGAUUUCACUUGGGUUUUCUUUUUAAAAAAUGCUAUGUAGACAAGGCAUUGUAAAAGUCAAUUUCCUUUAAGAGCCAGCAUAAGAAUUAAAAUUUGACAACAUGAUGAAAACUAUAUAUAGUAGAAAUAAUGGUAUCUAAAGCUUACCAACAAAAGAAUCCUCACAGAAUGGCAAACACUCUGCUCUGGACAUUAGGUCAAAUUUGAAGAUGGAAAGGAUUUCCUUAUAAGCCCUAGAGGCAGAUCAGAGAAAGCAUGCAUUAAGAGGGAAAGAGAAUGCAAAUAAUGUCAAUAUUAUGCAGAUUUAUGCCUUAUUUUUUAGCAUUUUUUAAAUGUUGGGUCUUUCGGGCUGUUUUUGCUUUAUAUUAGAUCUGUAUAAAUAGGUUAGUUACUUAGUGGUUUGGUUUUUGUAUUUAAGGUACAACUAAUCUUUGUCUUUGGUCUUAUUUAUUUCUUUUGCCUUUUUUUAACUUUCAAUAUUUUAGGUGUUUUGAAUCUAUUUAGAGCUUCAUCACCAUGGCAAUAUGUAUUUCCCUUAAAACAUUGCAAACAAAUAUACUAGGAGUGCACCCUUUAAUCUUUACUAGUUAUUGUGAGAUUGCUGUGUAAGUUAAUAAACACAUCUGUAAAUACAUUGUUUGCAGGGGGAAAACUCUGGGUUAUAGCGCAGAAGAACCUGCUGAAUUUAUGUUGUAAGCAUUACUUAACACAGUUAUAUAAAGAUGAAAAAACAAAAUAACUUCAUAUUCCUCACUUCCUCAUUGCAACAAAAUCCUUAACUGGGAAAACCUUAUUCCCCUCUUCCUCUUCCUCCUUCACUUCUCACUUACUGUCACCUUGUAAUAUUCAGAGAGCACUUGGAUUAUGGAUCUGAAUAGAGAAAUGCUUUCAGAUAAUCAUUAGCCCACAUACCCUGUAACUUAUACUCAAAAAAUGGGAUGGAGUUGUAAAGUGCAUUUAUAAUACAAUAUUGUUGUUAAAAGCAAAGAUUGACUCUUUUGUUUUAUUUUGACAUGGCAUGUCCUGAAAUAAAUAUCAGUUCAAUACA